AGUUGUUGGCAUUCUUUGUCACAAAUAUUUGCCAUUCCUUUCAAACCAAAAGCAAAACUCUCUCUAAAAACAGUGCAAAAUAUAUACAAAAGAUUUUUGUGUGGAAAACAACUUUUCAAUCCAUUUCUCUCCACAUCUCAGCACUCUUGCCCUCAAAAUCACGCCAUCAUUGAAUCGCUGCUGCAACAAUUGUGGUUCUAAUGUCGGGCGGAGCGGCACCACCGGGUUGGGGAGGGGGAGCGCCGCCACCACCACAUUAUGCCGAGUCCGACGACUCGCAUGACGACGACUCGAGCAAAGAUGGCUCACUUAAAGGUGGUUCCGGUGAUCUCAACGGUUCUGGUGGUGGCUCUGACGCCGAGGGAGUCUGGAGUCCAGACAUCGAGCAGAGCUUCCAGGAGGCGCUCGCCAUAUAUCCGCCCUGUGGUCGACGCAAAAUCAUUCUCUCAGAUGAGGGCAAAAUGUAUGGUCGGAAUGAGUUGAUCGCUCGGUAUAUUAAGCUGCGAACCGGCAAAACCCGGACCCGAAAACAAGUCUCUAGUCAUAUACAAGUGUUGGCCCGAAGGAAAGCCCGUGAAAUUCAAUCCAAAAUUAAAGUGUCGACCGAUUCCGUACAUAAAGAGGCAGCGCUUCAAUCGAUGUCAUCCAUGUCCUCGAUGUCCAGCGCUCAGAUAGUCUCUCUAUUUUACUCUUCUCAGGACCAGUCCGUUAAAGAGAAGGCAUUGCAAUCGUUGACCUCAUCCCAAAUCGCCGCACUUCAGAACAAAGCGGCCGCACAUCACGUCCAUCACGCGGCCACUCAUGUGGCCGCCGCUGCCGCAGGACUCGCCACUCUUGGAUUAACUGCACCUCCGGUUACGCCUUACACCCCAUCGCCGUUCUGGCAACCGGCCGGCCCUACGAAUAAUGAAGACAUUAAGCCUUUCAACGCUCCAACCGGUGGUCAAUACGUCAAUAAUAGCAACAAUAACCUGAAUUCUGGGCCCGCAUGGGAGGGCCGAGCGAUCGCUACCCAUAAGUUACGUUUAGUUGAGUUCUCGGCUUUCAUGGAAAGACACGACAACGACAGUGACAAACACCUGUUCGUUCACAUCGGUAUCAUUUCUCCCACAUAUGCCGACCCAAUGCUAGAAUCGGUAGACAUUCGACAGAUUUAUGAUAAGUUCCCCGAAAAGAAAGGCGGACUCAAAGAGCUGUACGAUAAGGGACCACAAAAUGCAUUCUUUUUGGUGAAGUUUUGGGCAGAUCUCAACACUUCACUAUUGGACGAGUCCGGAGCCUUCUAUGGCGUCACUUCUCAGUACGAAAGCAAUGAGAAUAUGACGAUCACCUGCUCUACCAAAGUGUGCUCUUUUGGCAAACAAGUGGUCGAAAAAGUAGAAACAGAAUACGCGCGCUUUGAAAACGGACGGUUCGUAUACCGCAUACAUAGGUCUCCGAUGUGUGAAUAUAUGAUUAAUUUCAUACAUAAAUUGAAAAACUUGCCCGAAAAAUAUAUGAUGAACUCUGUUCUCGAGAACUUCACUAUAUUGCAAGUUGUGACGAACCGCGAAACACAGGAAACACUUUUAUGUAUUGCAUAUGUGUUUGAAGUGUCGGAAACAACUGGAACUCAACAUCAUAUCUACCGAUUAGUGAAGGAUUAAUAGAAAACAUAUUAAUAGCAUAGCAUUAAAACUCAUUCAUGGAUUCAUUUAUUAAUAAUAUAAAUAUUUGUUUCAUUCUUUCAUUUGUCUGAUUGUCACCAUAAUUGCCAUAAAAAGCUGUAAAUGUUUUUUGGAAUAAUUUUUAUAAAUGAAUGCCAUUGAAGACGUGCCUCAAUCAGCCCUAUAUUACGAUUUGUCAAAAAUAACAGAAUUUGUUGUAAAUUUAUAUAAAUAUAUAUAUAUAUUAAUAAUUAUUGAUAUAAUCAUAACGUAUACACAGAUCUCACUCAUUGUGCCAUUUAAUGAACGGCCAAUUCUUCUCUUAUAUCCAAGCUUUGGGCAGCUCUUAAAGGGACUUAAAUUUAAAUUAAAUUGUUUUUGAAUUACUUUCCAACAAAUCCUAUGCAAAAAAGAGCAGCAC